GAGCUGGGCUCUCCCCGGGAGCGCCCCCCGCCUGGGACCCGCGCUGCCCAACACGAAACCAACUUUACUGUCUGGCACCUUUUCUCCCCUCUGGAAAAGGGGACCUGCCCUGCAACGCCCCCCGCCCCCCGGGCACAGAGUCAGGGCCAAGCUGCUACGGGAGACGUAAACACGCUCCCGAGCCUGAGCCAGAGCCCAGACAGCUCCUUUUUUUUAUUACUAGGAGAACGAUCGCCUCCCAUUAUUUUUGGAGAGCGAGAGGAGGAGGGAGGGAGGGAGCCUGAGCAAACUUGGGAGCAGCUGAUCUCUAAGAAGCGAGAGCUAAAAAGUCCCAGCCGGAGGAGACCAUGUUCCCCAGGCUGUUCCAGCAGUGGAGUUUCGCCGUCUUCCUGCUCAGCUACUCCGUGCCUUGCUGCGGGAGAUCGGUGGAGGGCAUCAGCCGCCGGCAUAAGAGAGCUGUAUCAGAGCAUCAACUACUGCAUGACAAAGGGAGAUCUAUCCAAGAUUUACGAAGAAGGAUGUUCCUCCAAAAUUUAAUCGAGGGAGUGAACACAGCAGAGAUCCGGGCUACUUCUGAGGUUUCUCCUAACCCUAAGCCUGCUACCAACACAAAGAACUACCCAGUUCGAUUUGGCAGUGAAGAUGAAGGCAAAUACCUAACUCAGGAGACAAACAAAGCUCAAACAUACAAGGAGCAGCCCCUGAAAGCACCUGGUAAGAGGAAGAAAGCAAAGCCUGGAAAACGCAAGGAACAAGAAAAGAAAAAGAGGCGUACUCGAUCAACAUGGCCAAAUUCUGGAGUACCUGGUAGUGCAGACAAAGGGCUCCCCCUCUUGGAAAUCUCUGAUACUACACGUGAUCACAAUUUAAGGAGGCGCUGAAAUUUUCAGUCGAGACCUUUGGAAAACAUAUUGCAGUAUUCUGUAAUAGUGAACAUAUAAAAAGUGUUAAAAUAUUUAUUGUUUGUAAAUACUGUAAAUGCUCCAAAUAAGCCUUCUUCUGCCCUUCCCUUCCUUCCCAUUGCUCUCUGAAACUGCACAUUUGGUUAUUGUGAAUUUUUUUUUUUUUGUGCUAAGGUUAGACAAUUAUUAUUGUUGCAUUUAUCAUAAUUUAUUUUGUUGACCGGUGUAUUUAUUUUGUGAACAUAUCUUGGUGCUGCUGACCUUCUAUAUAUUUUUUGUAACAUAAUGCACUUUAGAUAUACAUAUUGAGUACAUUGUUAAUGACAAACUGUUCCUCUUUUGUGGUUGUUUUUAAAUGAAUGCUUACAUACAGUUUAAACUGGGGGGGUGGGGUUCCCUUUCUGUGCAUGUAAAAUAGCAGUAUUUUAAAAUUUGUAAAGAAUGUCUAAUAA